AUGCAAAAGAUGAAUGAAAGUUCUAUGGAUAAUGGUGGUAUAAGAAUUAGACAUUCAUUUACUGAGCAAGAUAUUCAUGUCGAUAAUGUGCAACAUGAGAGCUCAAUACAAAAUCAAUUUAAUUUAGCAGAGUCUGUCGAUGUUACUAAGAAAAUGAAGAAGUCGCCAAUGGCUUCAACAUCCUUGAAUCAUUCAUGUUGGUCAAGACAUCGAACUGCAACAGGUGUAGGUGCAUUUGCUCUCUUCGCAACCUUAACAAUGACUACAAGCAUCAUAAUAGUUUGUCUGACUUCACCAAAAGCAAAAGUUCAACAGUGUGAACUGAAAUUCAUACAAACUCCUUUAAACCCGGUGGAAUAUAAUUUCGGCCCUCGAUCUGUUGCUGUUGGCAAUUUCAAUGACGACGAAUUGUUAGAUAUUAUUGUUGCCAAUAGUAUCGUUAAUAGUAUAUCUGUAUUCCUUGGAUAUAACAAUGGUGCUUUUGCAAGUAAAAUGACGUAUUCGACUGGUUUAUAUUCUACUCCGUAUAUGGUAGCGAUCGGUGACUUUAACAACGAUCAUCACAUGGAUAUUGCUGUCGCAUAUUUCGGCACUAAUAGCAUCGGUAUAUUUCUUGGAUUUGGAAACGGUUCUUUUAUUAAUACAACAGUAAUCUCAACUAAUUCAUCUCGUCCAAUUUGGAUACAUAUAGCUGAUCUCGAUAAUGACACAUCACUCGAUAUCGUUACAGCUAAUUAUGGAACUGAUAGUAUUAGCAUAUUUUAUGGAUCUGGAGAUGGAACUUUUUCAUAUCCGAUCACAUAUUCAGCAGGCUACGAUUCGUCACCAUUCUCAGUCAUCAGUGGACAUUUUAACAAUGAUGAUCAUUUAGAUCUUGCUAUUGCCAAUUAUGGUACAAAUAAUAUAGCUAUAUUUAUUGCAAAUGGCAACAGAACCUUUUUACAACAACAAAUAUUUUUAACUGGUAUGAAUUCACAUCCAUAUUCACUCAUUGUUGGUCAUUUUAAUGAUGACAAAUUAUUAGAUAUUGCUGUCGCGAAUUAUGGCACUAACAAUGUCGGUGUAUUUCUAGGUAACAUCAACAGAAUUUUUACUAGUCAAACAGCAUACUCGCUUAAUACUUCUUCGCCAUUUUCUAUUGGUCUUGGUGAUUUUAACAAAGAUAAUCGACUUGAUUUAGUCGUUAGUAAUCAAGGUAUUAAUAAUAUAGGAAUGUUACUGGGACUUGGCAAUGGCAGUUUCUCUGAACCAACAAUGAAUUCAACUGGUUCUUCUUCUUCCAACUCGCUUGCUGUAGUUGAUUUCAAUAAAGACAAUCUACUUGAUGUCAUUAUCAUCAGCAAUGAUACUGGCAGCAUCGGUAUCCUCUUUGGUUAUGAUGAAGGCUUUCAACCACAAACUUUGUAUCCAACUGGCUCUAAUCCAGGCUCUGUAGCUGUUGGUGAUUUCAACAAUGACAGUCUACUAGAUAUCGUCGUUGCUAAUACAGGUGACAACACUACAAGUAUACUACUCGGAUAUGGCAAUGGUUCGCUUGCCAAUCAGACUACCUAUCCAGCUGGCUCUUCGCCACAAUCUGUAGCUGUUGGUGAUUUCAACAAUGACACCCGACUGGAUAUCGUUAUUGCCAACUAUGGUGACAGCACUGUAAGCGUACUUCUCGGAUAUGGCAAUGGUUUGUUUGCAAAUCAAACUAUCUAUUCAACUGGUGGUUCUCCAUCUUCUGUAGCUGUUGGUGAUUUUAACAAUGAUACUCGACUGGAUAUCGUCGUUAAUAAUUAUGAUGACGACACUGUAAGUGUACUUCUCGGAUACGGCAAUGGUUCUUUUGCAAAUCAAACUAUCUAUUCUACUGGCAAUUCUCCAUAUUGUGUAGUUGUUGGUGAUUUUAACAAUGAUACACGACUGGAUAUCGUUGUUGUUAAUCCACAUGAUCACGCUCUGAAUAUACUUCUCGGAUAUGGCGAUGGUUCUUUUGCAAAACGAAUUACGUAUUCAACUGGUUCUUAUGCAUAUUCUGUAGCUGUUGGUGAUUUCAACAGCGACACACGACUGGAUAUCGUAGUUGCUAAUCAAAUUGACGACAGUGUGAGUCUAUUGCUUCAUUAUGCCAAAGGAUCUUUAGGAAAUGAAAUAAGAUUUGCGUCUGGCGAUGGUGCUCGCCUAGUAUAUGCCGCUGUCGAUGAUUUUAACAAUGACAUGGUGUUAGAUCUUGCGGUUGUUAAUUAUGGCACUAAUACAAUUGGUGUACUUGUUGGAGAUGGUAAUGGUUCCUUUUUAGACCAAAAAACGUUUCCAACAGGCACAAAUCCAUAUUCACUUGCCAUAGAUGAUUUCAAUAAUGAUGGUCAACGCGAUUUUGCUGUCGCUAAUUAUGGUAGUAAAAAUAUUGAUAUAUUUUUUGGAAAUGGAAAGGGAACAUUUACACAUCAAGUACUAGAUGCAUUUGGCUUGAUUUUCGCUCCUGUAGCUGUUCGUACCGGUGAUUUCAACAAUGAUAAACAAUCAGAAAUUAUUGUCGCAUAUGACAAUAUUGAUAAUAUUGAUAUAUUUGGUGCAUUUGAUACUAGCGCUUUUAGAGAUCAUAUUACGCAUUCAGCUGGCUCUUGGCCAUCUUCUGUAGCUGUUGGUGAUUUCAACAAUGAUACUCGACUGGAUAGCGUCGUUGCUAAUUACUAUGGCGACACUAUAAGUGUACUUCUCGGAUAUGGUAAUGGUUCUUUUGCAAAUCAAAUAACGUUUUCAACGGGCUUUGGGCCAUCUUCUCUCGCUGUUGGUGAUUUCAAUAGUGACACUCGCCCGGAUAUCGUCGUUGCCAAUGCGCGGGAUAACACUGUAAGUGUACUUCUCGGAUAUGGCAAUGGUUCUUUUGCAAAUCAAGCUACCUAUUCAACUGGUCGUUCUCCAUAUUUUGUAGUUGUUGGUGAUUUCAACAAUGACACCCGACUGGAUAUCGUUAUUGCCAAUGCGCGUGAUAACACUGUAAGUAUACUUCUCGGAUAUGGUAAUGGUUCUUUUGAAGAUCAAACAACGUUUCCAACGGACUUUGGGCCAGCUUCUCUCGCUGUUGGUGAUUUCAAUAGUGACACUCUACUAGAUAUCGUUGUUGGUAAUAAAGCUGAGAGCACUCUGAGUAUACUUCUCGGAUAUGGCAAUGGUUCUUUUGCAAAUCAAAUUACCUAUCUAACUGGCUAUUUACCAUCUUCUGUAGCUGUUGUUGAUUUCAACUAUGACACUCGACUGGAUAUCGUUGUUGCUAAUUAUUUUGAUAACACUGUAAGUGUACUUCUCGGAUACGGCAAUGGUUCUUUUGCAAAUCAAACUAUCUAUUCUACUGGCAGUUCUCCAUAUUUUGUAGCUGUUGGUGAUUUCAACAAUGAUACACGAGUGGAUAUCGUUGUUGCUAAUUCUGAUGACAACACUGUAAGUGUACUUCUCGGAUAUGGCAAUGGCUCUUUUGCAAACCAAACAACCUAUUCAACUGGUCGUUCUCCAUCUUCUGUAGCUGUUGGUGAUCUCAACAAUGACACUCUACUAGAUAUUGUGGUUGCUAAUGAAGGUAACAACACUAUAAGUAUAUUUGUCGGUUACUUCAAUAAGGUUUUCCAAUACCAAAUGACACUGAUAACUGGUAACAGAUCUGUUCCACAAUCAUUCGUCGUUGGGGAUUUUAACAAUGACACUUAUAUGGAUAUUGCUGUCGCGAAUUCAGGCUCCAAUAAUAUUGGUAUUUUUCUUGGAUUUGGCAAUAAUUCUUUUCUAAAUCAAACAACGUUUCCAACUGGUUCUGGCCCAUGGUCUUUAGCUGUUGCUGAUUUAAACAAUGAUAAUCGAUUAGAUAUUAUUGUUACUAAUAUUAAUGAUAGUAAUAUCAGUGUAUUUCUCGGUUAUGGCAAUGGAUCUUUUAUGAAUCAAACCAUAUAUUCAACUGGAAUUAAUGCUGAACCUUAUUCAGUUGCCUAUGGUGAUUUUAAUAAUGACGCUUUAUUAGAUAUUAUUGUCGCCAAUUAUCGUGCUAGUAAUGUAGUUAUAUUGUUUGGAUCUGGUGGUGGUAGAUUUACAGAUUCAAAAGUAUAUUUAGUUAGCUAUGGAUCUUUUCCAUUUUCUGUUGUUGUUGGUGAUUUCAACAAUGAUACAAAACUUGAUUUUGCGGUCGCAAACUACGGUACUGACAACUUGAAGAUUUUAUUACAGACUUGUUAA